AUGAACCCCGCAAUAGGGAAGCAGGAACUUUCUUGCAAACGUUGCCGAUACCGAAAAUUGAGAUGUACACGGACAAACCCUUGCAACAAUUGUGCAACGGCUGGCGUAAGUUGCGAAUAUGAAAAGAUUGACAAAAGACGAAACCCAGCAUCGUCAGAAUACGCAACUGGUCUACGAAAUAGAGUAGCGUCAUUAGAGGCUUUGAUUCAAGAGUUGAAGGAUGCAUCUCCCGCUCGUCGAGAUGAGAUGCUCGGAUCAGUGGUCAACAUAGGAGGAUCAUCAAGUAUUCCAACCACAGGACCAUCCCGAUCGCAAGUCACGCAACCUGAUACUCCAACCAUUGCACGUUUGAAACCAGACGCCCAGGGAUCACUGGUCUACCACGGUGCCACCAGCAUCUUCAAUAGUAACCUCCUAUCCACAAGCGAGGAUUAUCUAAAUCAAACGCAUAGCUUGUAUGCAGAGUCCAAUUUUGAUCAUGUGAUAGAUCACUUCGGCAUCAAGUUGGAGGACGAUACAGUUUUCAAAGCAUUGCAGCAAUUCUUCCGCUGGCAGUAUCCACACUUUAUGUUCGUGUAUCGAGAGGCGUUUCUAAGAGACCAUUUUGGUGAGCGAAAAGGUUGCAAGUAUUGGUCAUCUGCGCUUCUCCUGUCUAUCUGUGCCUUGGGCCUUCUCAUGUCAGAGACUGAAGGAGAGAGGAGCCUGGUUGAACAGUUUUUCCGGGCGGCUGAGAGUAUCGUCAUGGUAUCGGGCCUGAACCGUCCUUCUAUCCCCACAGUCCAGUCCUUCCUCUGUUUAGCCUUCUUUGAAAUUGGUCAAGGAAAUGUGUCCAAAGGAUGGGCUUUCUCAGGUAUCGCGUUCCGUAUGGCGCAGGACUUGGGCUUUCAAAGUGAUCCCAUGAAUUGGCUGCCACAUGACUCGACUAUUAUUUCAAGCGAGGAUAUCGAGAUACGUCGCAGAAUCUAUUGGGGCUGCUAUAUAUCAGAUAAGCUGAUCAGCUUGAUACUCGGGAGACCCGUGCAACUAGCCUUUGACAGCGCUGAGGUCGAAUUAUUGGAGUUCAUAAUCGACGGACCUGGAAUGGAGUAUUGGCGUCCUGUUGGCUUCGACGAUGACUUAAAUGAGCUUACAGGUCAAUCAAACAUACCAUUUCUCAAAAAGCAAAUUAAUCUAUACAGAAUUGUUGAGAAAAUGAUGACCACAGUAUUUUCUCCACGGAAACCUCGAACGCAGAUAGACGUCAGUACGCGCCAAACGCUACUUGAUAAUCUCAACCUUGACCUUCUGAAGUGGAAGGACGCCCUACCACCUUUUGCGAGGUGGAACAAAUGGUCUACGGGGAUGAAAAUGACACCAGCGGUAGCCACACUUCACCUGUUAUACAGCAGUAUUCGUAUUGCUUUGAACUAUGAAUCAGCUACCACCAAUAACGUCGAAUCAGCUCGAGAGGCUUCACUCCUGGCUUGCACCACAGCAAGUCAGAACGUUCUUGCCCUGGUCCGAAUUUACAAGACACAAUAUGGUCUUCGUCAUGCACCACUCAUAUUGAUUUACGCAUCCAUACAAGCAUCAAGGUCUAUCGAGAAGUUUGGAAUUUCAGAAGAACAGAGCUAUCUGGUUGGCUGUUUAGCUGAGUGCUCUCAAACCUGGAGCAUUGCUCGCCAAGUAUAG